UGAGGAGAGAGAAGGAUUUAAUACGAUGAACCUGCUGCUGCUGCUGCUGUUCACAGCGCAGCAUCAUGGGAGCUGUAGUCUGCUGUGCGGCGCAGGAGGACAGCUGAUGAGCCGAGGAUUGUGGGAGAUCAGAGUUUGGAGAUGUGAGCUGGUGGACGAGCGAGGCUCAUCAAACUCUCUGUCUGUCUGACCCUCCUCCUCCUCCUCCCCCUCCUCUGCAGCCUCCUCAUCUCUGCUGCUCACCUCUUCCUGCUUCUUUCUGUCAAUUCUUCAGCCUUCAUCCCUCCAUCGUCAUCCUCAGCCUCUCAGUCAGGAUGGGCUGCCGUUUCACUCGGACGAAGGCCAAGACUCGUGAACCAUCUCGUCACCGACACCGAGAGGAGCUGCACUUUGUGGAUGAGUAUGGCCAGCCGAUCAAUGUGCAGGUGGAGGCGAGAAGGGGACAUGGUCACAGGAAGCGGCGGUCUCGUUGUGCCAUUGAGUGCCAAGUCCCGACCGAAAGACACUGGGAGGCCUUGAGAGCCAUGGGACUGAUGGAUGGUGAGGGAGGCCAAGGAGAUGGAUACAGUGCAGGGCCAUACUACGGUCACGUGACCAUGUCACCUGACCUAUACCCUGCCAACAGUCACAUGAUGAUGUCACCUGAUGUCUAUCCACCCAAUGGCUAUCUGCCCAGAUCAUCAAAUGACCAGCACCCGGGUAACAACUACCUGCCCAGCGUCUCCUACAGCUUAGAUCACCUGGACAGACUGGACUACCAGGGUCCAGACAUAUUGCCCUACCAGCCGAACUCAGAGAGCUGUCUGAUUGGCUGCUAUAACACAGAAGAGAUGGAGCCAAAGAAUUUCCCCAGACAGUCCGACUAUCGCCCUCCUUGGCGGUCUGAUCGUCUUCUUGGAUACCUUCCCCUCAGUGAGCUUGACAGCGGGCUGGGAUGUGGCCCUGACAGCCCACACCACCGGGUGGCGCUCUCCGAGGCUGAAACAGAUGCCAUGUCAUCAUUGCCGGGUCACACUCCUUCCUCCCAAGGCUCCUCCUCGUCCUCUGAGUCGCUGAUCUCCUCCGAACCCAGUGACUCUGGCUUUCACAGCGUCAGCACUGGGGAGCACAGACGGCUGCAUAAGAUUCAUGGAAGCCAUGCCCACCGACAAACUCACCAUCUCCGCUCAGGCCACUCCCCUCGAGAGCAGAGAGGACGCUGGGAUUUGGAGUCCAUCCCUGAGACGACUCAGAUGACUCACUCUGGAGCACCUCAGCCGUCCCGCUGCAGUGUGGGUAACAGCACGACCACAACAGUACACUUCCACAGAGCCGAGAGGAGUCCCACCUUACCUCGCAACCGCUCGCCACCUUCCCCUUCCAUCGGUUGCCGUACUGAGCCCUGCCAGCGGAGGGCGCUGUGGUUGGACCAACAGCAGGGAGGAAGCGGGACGAUAGAGGCUCCAGGGCGGAGUCGAACAAUAACAGAUUUGAGUGAAGGACAGCGCCAGCGCAGGGCCAGUCACCCCAACAUGGCAGAUCCAAACACUCUGAGAAACAGACUCCAGAACAGCCAACCAGGAACAGCCAGCAACACGCUGGGGCCGAGGAGCAGGGCCAGUUAUCCCAGUAGCUGUCACCCCACCAAUCAUCUCAGCAUAGACAGAACCAGUCUGACCAAUCAUCAGAACACACUGAGAAACAGCCAGGGCAUGAGCCCGAGCAGAGAGGACUCCCUUUCUAAGAGUCCUGGAUCAGGCUCCAGCGGGGCGUCAGACUGGCGUGGCUUUCAGACUCUUGGGAGUCGCACCAGCAACCCAAAAGCACCCUCUGUUUCUUUCUACAGCACACUGGGCGCCCCACAACAUAACCCCCACUCUCCACCCUCUCCCCGCUCCAGACUAUCCAAUCAGAAGUCAGUCAGGAACCAGCUGCUCAGAGCCCGAGCUUACCGAUUGGCCAGGGAGCGCAGUGAGGUCACAACAGACGAAGAGGUGCGCGGAGAGGGGGAAAGAGAAGGUGAGGAGGAAGGAGAGGAUGGCCGCUGGGCGGGGCGUUACUGGAACCGGACUGAACGGAGGCGCCACCUGGCGAUAUCGCGUCAACACAGAGAGAGGAGAGGAGGAGGGGAAGAGCAGGCCGGAGGACUUCAGGGGUCGCUGUCGUCUCAGACGGUGCUGGAGCUGAGCCACAUGAAGCAGAACCGCCUGAGGAACAGCAAACUGCUCGAUGAUUGGACAACUGUGGAGGAGCUGCUAACUCAUGGGACACGAGUGGAGAGCGACAAUCAGCUUUGUCCCAGCCCUCUGUUAUCAGUUACUACUGUCUGACUGGGACGACCUCUGACACACAGAACCACUGCUGGUUACUGCUGACUGAUCCAGCACUCAGGCCCAGAUUCAUUACAGGCUCGCAUGGUGUCCGCACUGAAAUGACCAAAUCAGAAAGACAGCCUUGUGAAAUUGUCCCGACAGAGGCAAUGGUGACGCAUCUAUCAAUUACAUAUAAUUCACAUCAUUCUGAGCCAUGUCAAGAACACACACAAUCCACAAGCUCGCUUAACAACACUACCCUGUAAGUGUUUGUAGUGAAUCUAGGAUGUUUUCAAAGGAAGAGUUUGCACACACAGACAGUCGUAGCCAUUCACAGUCUUGGUGGAAACAAGAAGAUGGUAGAUGUUCAUAAAGACACCGUGUUUAUUGUCAGUCCUUCAGCUGACUCCAAGAGUGCACAGCCUCCAAAGUCACAAAACAAAAGUCUACUUACGUGCUCUGAGGGUUGGGUUGUUUGCUAACUGCUUAUUAGCUCAAGUAAUUACUUUGAGAACUGAAAUCUAGAUAUUUUUUCAAGAAUGACCAGAAACUAAAAAGUGAGGCAACCAGAAGCAUUUAAUUAACAACAUACAGGAUGAGAAACUUUUGAAUAUGGAGUUCCCCAGGGAUGGCAUUUUUCUGUAUGCCAAUGGAGACAUGAGCAGCACACUGGUUCCCUCAUCAAAAAGCCUAUGGAAUUUUUCAAUUGGAUUUUGGAUUAUUGCAAAAAUUAAU